GUCGCCGCAAGAAGCAAGGAGAGUCAAGCAACAGGAACAAAGUUGUGGGACCUUUGAUACAAUCGUGGAGUGUACUCGUGAAAUGUAAAAUCCGCAUGUAGUGGAAACGCAGGUGAACUAACAACACACACCUGAGGAGGAAUCUGAGUUGCGUGGGCCGUUCUUUUCGGUGCAGUGGACGGAGCGUUAGGAGCGUUUUGGCACACUGUGGGAUGCGCUUUUCUCGGACCAAAUUACAGUUUAAAGGAACACCUCCAAACUCGCCCAAAAAUGGCUUAAGUAACUACUUGAUGCAUCCUUCUUUUACAAAGUUUUGGAUCUUGCGUAGCAAAACGUCUGGAUUUGUGUAGAGGGGAACACGUCCCGGGGUCCCUCGGUGACAGCAAAGAGGUGGAGAAAGAUUUAGUUGGGCCAAACACUACAUUUUCUAACACCGACAUCUUGGAUUAAUUGAAUGCCAUGGCAACGCAGGGCAACACUGCAGAAGGAGGAACGGACGACGAGUUUAACGACAUCAUCAAGUGCAGAUCUGAUGAACAUGAUUCGGUACAAAAGAAAACCUUCACCAAAUGGAUCAAUGCUCAAUUUUCAAAGAAUGGAAAGACGCCCAUCAAAGACAUGUUUUCCGACCUGAAGGAUGGGAAGAAACUACUGGACCUGCUUGAAGGCCUCACUGGCUCUGUCCUGACCAAAGAGAGAGGCUCCACUAGAGUACAUGCCCUCAACAACGUCAACAAAGUGCUUCAAGUCCUACAUCAAAAUAACGUGGAGCUGGUAAACAUCGGGGGCACCGAUAUCGUCGAUGGGAAUCAUAAACUCACCCUGGGCCUCAUCUGGAGCAUUAUUCUCCACUGGCAGGUGAAGGACGUCAUGAAAGACAUCAUGUCCAACCUGCAACAAACCAACAGUGAGAAGAUCUUGCUGAGCUGGGUGCGCCAGUGCACUAGGUCUUACCCAGAUGUCAAUGUGCUCAACUUCACUACCAGCUGGUCCGACGGUCUGGCUUUCAACGCUAUCUUACACCACUUUAGACCGAAUGCAAUUAACUGGGACCAUGUGACCAGAAUGAGUCCUGUGGAAAGGCUGGAAAAUGCCUUUACUGUGGCCAAAAAUCAGCUUGCAAUUGAGAAACUGCUGGACCCUGAAGAUGUUGCUGUGCAGUUGCCGGACAAGAAGUCCAUUUUAAUGUAUGUGACGUCGCUGUUUGCUGUGUUGCCCAAAGAUGUUUCCAUGGAUGCAAUCCGAGAGGUAGAGACACUGCCUCGAAAAUACAAAGGGGAGGCAGAAACUGGAUCUGCUCUCACUGCUCAGAGGGAUGAGGCAGGUAGUAGCCCCCGUCCCGAGACCCCCAGCACAGUGACAGAGCCGGAUAUGGAGCUGAGCUUUUCGGAGGUGGACCUGGACACCUACCAGACCACUCUGGAGGAGGUGCUGACCUGGCUUCUGUCAGCAGAGGACACCUUACACGUGCAGGAGGAGGUGUCUGAUGACGUGGAGGAGGUCAAGGAGCAGUUUCACACACAUGAGGCCUUCAUGAUGGAGCUGACAGCACACCAGAGCAGUGUGGGGAACGUCCUUCAGGCCGGAAACCAGCUGAUUGCUCAGGGUCAUCUCUCAGAGGAGGAGGAAGAAGAGAUCCGGGAGCAGAUGACUCUUUUAAACUCACGCUGGGAGAGUCUCAGAGUGGCCAGCAUGGACCGCCAAGCCAGGUUGCAUGAAGUCCUAAUGGAACUUCAACAGCAGCAGUUACAGCAGCUCUCUGACUGGCUCACAGAAACUGAGGCCAGAAUCAGAAAGAUUGAGACUGAACCAGGGGCUAAAGACCUAGACACAUACACAGAACAAAUAGAGCAACACAAAAUGCUUCAGAACGACCUGGAGGCCGAGCAGGUGAAGGUGAACUCUCUAACACACAUGGUGGUGGUGGUUGAUGAGAACAGUGGGGACAACGCCACUGCCGCGCUGGAGGAGCAACUACAAUCUUUAGGUGAAAGAUGGGCUGCUGUGUGUCGCUGGACAGAGGAGAGGUGGCACAAGCUGCAGGAAGUCUUCAUGGUCUGGCAACAACUUCAGUCAGACCAGACUAUAUUUAGAGAAUGGUUGGCAGAGAAAGAAGAGGCCUUGAAUACAGUCCAAACUAGCAACUUUAAGGACCAAAGUGAAAUGAAUACAAAUUUACGUCAAUUAGCUAUUCUUAAAGAGGAUAUGGAGAAGAAGAAGCGGACCCUGGACCAGCUGUCUGAUGCAGGGCAGGAUGUGACGUCUUUACUGCGGAGCUCUGAGGCAGGAGCAAAGAUAGAGACAGAUACUGAGGAGCUAACCCACCGAUGGGACAACCUGGUGCAGAAACUAGAAGACUACUCCUUUCAAGUGAUGGAAGCCGUAGCCGAUGGUGGGAUGACUCAAAUGGAAGAGCAGGUGGCUGCGGAUUCAGCUGUUGUAACUGUGGUGUCCUCCAGUACCAGCCAGGAAGUAGCUCCCCCUGCCCCUCCAAAGAAACGCCUGGUGGAGACUGAACCACAAGUUAGGCAAGAGUUUGAAAAUAAGUUAUCAGACUUUCUAAGAUGGAUAAAAGCAUGGAAGACCACGACGCAAACAUUAGCCACUGGAAAUCUAGAGACUACAACUGAUACCUGUGACCUACAGGGCAAACUAAAUGAAUUGGAAGAGGAGCUAAAUUCAAAGGAAGCUUCAGUCGCACAAAUAAUUCGGGAGGGGCGAGGUCUGGUGGAGCAGCUGGAGAGAGAGGGUGUAAGCAUGGACCUGGUGAGGACAGACCUGGAGCUGUUACAGACCGAGUGGGACGUGUGCGUGAGGGAGCGACAGGCAGCCCGGGACAGAGUACAGACCCAGAGCCGCUUUAGAGCUGUUUCUGCAGAACUCAGUGAGGUGGACCAGGCCCUCGUCCAACAGGACAACUGGCUCAUCUCAACUACAGUGGACAAAUGUGAUGCAGACGAACUUCGCAACCUCAGUCAAGAGUCCAAGUCAAGACUGGCCGAAGUGACCUCUUUGGGCCCACAGCUGGAGCGUUUGUCCACUGAAGCAGGACCCUCCCUCAGAGACACAGUGGUGCUGGUGUCUGCGCAUCAUGCCUCCACUCUGCAGAGGCUACAUGGCAAAGAGGAGGAGAUCUCCACAGCUUUGGUCCAACUUGAGGCCAGCCAACAGCAGCCCAGUCAAGUGGAGGCACUGGAGGCCAGGCUGACCACUCUGAAGGAGGGUCUGGUGGACAUCCCGACCACAUCUGAGGCAGUGGAGCGGGCACAAAGUCUGUGUCUUGACAUUGAACAAACCCAGCAAGCCACAGACCCUGCUGAACAGCAGAGAUGGAGCCAGUUGUCGUCCAGGGCUCGAGAGGAACUAGGGACACUGCAGUGUGUCCUGGGCAGCAUGAAGGACAGUCAGGUACGUUUGGUGGAAGUGGAGCGUUGGCUGGACGCAGUGCAAGAGCUGUUGUCCCGGGACGCCUCUGGGAUCGGAGAUACAGAAAAUCUACAGGAAGAAUUAAAUCAGUGCAAGGAGCAUGUGAAUGAGAUGGAGUCUGUGGAAAGUUCAUUAAAGCAGAUGGCGGAGAAUGUGAGGGCUGUACAAGCCACAACUAUAGACGGUUUGUCAAAGUGGGGACAAGACAAACUGGACGAAUGCCAAAGCAGGUGGGACAAGCUCAGCAAACGGCUGUUGAGUCACCGGGAUUGUGUGUCGGAAAGCCAGGAAAGGCAGGUGAAUCUGAGGAAGGAUUUGGCGGAGAUGCAGGAGUGGAUGGCACAAACUGACGAGGAGUUUCUUAUGAGAGACUUUGAGUACAAGAGCCCAGAGGAACUGGAGGCUGCACUGGAUGAGAUGAAGAGAGCUAAAGAGGAUGUGCUGCAGAAAGAAGUGAAAGUAAAGAUCCUUAAAGACAACAUCAACAUGCUUGUGUCUCAAACAUCGCCCCCUAGUGGAGGUUAUGGACCCGGGCUGACGUCGGAGCUGGAGGGCGUACUGGGCAACUACCAGAAGCUCUGUGACCGCUUCAAGAGCAAGUGUCACACGCUGGAGGAAGUGUGGUCCUGUUGGAUGGAGUUGCUUCAGUAUUUGGAAAUGGAGCAAAGUUGGUUGAACACACUCGAGGAGAAGGUCCAAGCCACAGAAAAGCUCCCAGAGAGUGCUGACGCUGUUAAUGAAGCUUUGGAGUCAUUGGAGAGUGUGCUUCGUCACCCAUCAGACAACCGCACCCAGAUCAGAGAGCUGAGCCAGACACUAAUUGACGGAGGCAUCCUGGACGAACUCAUCAGUGAAAAACUAGAGAACUUUAACUCGCGCUACGAGCAGCUCAACCACCAGGCGGUGAAUCGUCAGAUUAGCCUGGAGCAGCAGCUGCACGCUCUGAAGGAGAAUGACCAGGCUCUGCUCACUCUACAGGAGUCUCUGAGCCAACUGGACCACACUCUUACCUCCUACCUGACAGACCGCAUCGAUGCCUUCCAACUGCCACACGAGGCACAGACUAUUGGUGCUGAGAUUGCUGCCCAUGAGGCCACAGUAGAAGACAUGAGAAGGAGAAAUGUUGCCAACAUGCCUCCUCCUUCCACUGAUGGGAAGGCUGCCCGCGGAGGAACAAUGCUGGACCAGCUACAGAGGAAAUUGAGAGAGAUUUCCACCAAGUACCAGCUGUUUCAGAAGCCAGCCAAUUUUGAGCAACGGAUGGUGGACUGCAAGAAGGUCUUAGAAGGAGCCAAGUCAGAGCUACAUAUUCUCGAUGUGAGAGACAUAGAACCAGAGAAGAUUCAGACACACCUCACCGGCUGUAUGAAACUUUACAAGUUGCUGAGUGAGGUAAAGCUUGAGGUGGAGACCGUUAUAAAGACUGGUCGACAGAUUGUUCAAAAACAACAAACAGAAAAUCCAAAAGCAAUGGAUGAACAACUCACUGCCCUUAAACUGCUCUACAAUGACUUGGGUGCACAGGUCACAGAGGGAAAACAGGACCUAGAAAAAGCCUUGUCCCUGUCUCAGAAGUUUCACAAAGAGAGCGCUGCUCUUCACGAGUGGCUGAGCACUAACCAGGCUGAGCUGGAGAAGAAGAACACCAGUGGAGACAUGCCUGCUGAUAUCGAUAGUGAGGUCGUGUGGGCCAAUGGUCUGUUGAAGGAGACGGAGCGUCGUAAGGCAGACUUGUCCAGUCUGAUGGAAACCAGCGCAGGUCUGCAGACUCUAGUGGAGGGCAGCGAGGCUCAGCUCGAAGACCAACUCUUCAGCCUCAAUGAGUCCUGGGGCCAAGUCCGCACCCUGACCGAGGACUGGCUCAGUGCUGUACUGAGUCACCAAAAUGAGGUUGAGAUUUUGGAUGAGAACUUGGCCCACAUCAGCACCUGGAUGUAUCAGACUCAAAUCCACCUGGAUGAGGCAGAGAGAUUGGAACCUGCCGAGAGGGAAAAGGUGGUCAAGCGCAUCCUGGAUGAGCUGGAAGGGAUGAGUUCACGUGUUGACAAUGUCAGGGACCAAGCUGUUCUCUUAAUGACCAGCAGAGGGCCUGCCUGUCGGGACGUCAUAGAGCCAAAGCUGGCUGAACUUAACUGCAACUUUGAUAAAGUUUCACAACACAUCAAAACAGCCAAGAUGUUGACCACUUUGGACUCUGAUGUUGUGGAAAUGCUCCAGCAAACUCCUCAGCAGGUCUUGCUUAGUGAUAAAGAUAGAGAGAUUAUUCCCAACCAAGAGGACCCAACAGACGCCCAGAGUGAGGCUGUCUCCUCUGAGGUGCAGACUGACACACAGCUGCAGGAGCUUCAGACACAGCUCCAGGACACGCUCAGGGCAUUACAGCAGCAAGACGACCAAAACAUACUGGAUGAUGAAAAGAUGGACGAGGAAAAAGCCAAUGUAGAGGAGCUACUUCGAAAAGGAGAGGAACUUUUAGAACAAACUUCAGACAAAGCUCAACAAGAAGAGUUAAGGAUCCUGCUGAUUAAACUGCAGAGCCAAUAUUCGGCACACAGGGAACUGAGGUUGCUACGAAUCAGGCAGAUUGAGGUUCAUUCAACAACAACUCACCCGUUUAUUGAAAACACAAGAGGAAUUUCAGAUGAGGAAAUGGCCUCUCUUGAUCGUAGCAGAGGUCCUUCUCGUGGUCCCUCUGACUACCUCUUAUCUAUCAACAAAGUGCUGCUUGCAAUGGCUGACAAUGAGCUACUCUUGAACUCAUCUGAACUCAGCGGUGGCCUGUAUGAGGAUUUCUCCAGUCAAGAAGACACGCUAAAAAAUAUCAAAGAGAACCUGGAGGUUUUGGAAGACCAGGUGACUGCUAUACACGAGCGGCAGCCAGAUGCUAUACAGGACGCCUCGACCGCAGAGGUGACCCAAAUCGGAGAUGCCCUUACCCAACUCAAUGCUGAAUGGGACCGAAUCAAUCGCAUGUACAACCACCGCAAAGGGACAUUUGACCGAGCAGUGGAGGAGUGGAGGCGUUUUCACUGUGAUAUGAAUGACAUGAGUCAGUGGCUGAGAGACACAGAGGCCUUUCUGUCUGAGAGUGUCUGUCCUGAUGGACAACUCGACCUGGACAUGGUCCGGCAGCACCAACAGGAGCUGGAGGAUGGAGUUGCGAGUCACCAGGCAGACCUCGCCGUGCUCAAUCGUACAGGGGAGAAAAUAAUUGAGCAGUUGUCCUCCCCUGAUGGUUCCCUGCUUGAGGAGAAGCUACAGAUUCUGGGCCAGAGGUGGAGAGGCGUUAACCGGCAAAUCCUGGACAGACAGAGAAGGCUUGCAGGGGCAGAUUCGGCUCUCUCAGACCUGAUGAGGAGGAGUACAGCGCUGGCUUCAUGGCUGGAGCAGGCAGAAAAUGCGGUCACCUGUCUCCCUCUCACUGCCACUGAUAAGAACCUCAGAGAACUAAAGGCCUUAGCUGAGCAAUUGGAUGCUCAAAAUGAGCGACUUGGUUGGUUGAACAAGCACGCUCCUCACAUUCUCUCCAAUCCAAGCGUCAGCCCACAGAGCAGAGACCAUCACGUCGCCAAACUACGGACAAUCAAUCUCAACUGGAGCAAGGUGACCCAUGAAUUGCUGGAGAAGGUGCGUGAGGUGGAGUCCAAUGUGCACCUCCACGCACAGUUCCAGGACCGUAUGAACAGGCUGACCGACUGGGUGGUUAUUACGCACCAGACCAUAGCAACAAGAGGCCUGACUCCUCCACAGGCACAGGCCUUGGAGACCUCCAUGAAAGACAGAAAGAGGGACUUGGAGGAACUGCUGGCGCUGUCAAUCGAGCUACAGAGACGACAGCAGCUUCAGCCUCAGGAUAAGAGUAAAGUAGAACAGCUGGCGUCUGAUUGGAAAGCCCUAGAUUGUCGUCUGAGGGAGUCUCUGCAAGCUCCCGUCUCUCCGUGGACCAUGCACCCUCACGUAGUCCAACAUCAACAGCUCGUAUCUGCAGUACCCUCCGCUGUGCAAAUGGCCAGUCUAGUUAGUGAAGAUCCCCACCACCAAACCCCCCACACCCCAGACCUCGUGGCCCCCACAGACCUGAACAAGACUGCGACUGAGCUGGCAGACUGGUUGGUGCUUAUUACUCAGAUGCUCAAAUCUAACAUCGUAACUGUGGGCGACAUAGAUGAGAUCAGGACUACCAUCGGACGACUCCAGGUGACAAAGAGUGACUUGGAGCAGCGCCACCCACAGCUAGAAGACAUUUUCACUUUGGCUCAAAACAUCAAGAACAAGACCUCCAAUUUAGAUGUUCGGACUUCCAUUACUGAAAAAUUGGAGAGGGUACGCAGCCAGUGGGACAGCACACAGCAUGGGGUUGAAGCUCGGCUACAGCAGCUGGAUAACAUGAUCGGUCACAGUAACCAGUGGGAGGAGCAAAGGAAACAGGUCACAGCCUUAAUUGGACGUAACGAAGGACAUUUCCACAACCUUCUGCAGCAGUCCCGGGACCCUUUGACCAAACAGAUUUCUGAUAACAAGGCUUUCCUCCAGGAUUUGGGGCGCGGCCAGACGAUUGUGGCAGACUUCAAUGAGCUGUCAAACCAUCUUCUUCAGGAGUAUUCUCUGGAUGACACCCGGAGGAUUAAAGAGGUCACAGACAAGCACAAUGCAGCCUGGAAUGGCAUCAACAACAGGGCAAACGAUCAUCAGGCACAGAUGGACAGUGAGCUCAAAGGUCUGCAGGCUUCCCUCAGAGAGCUGGAGUCUUUCCUGAAAUGGCUCCACGAGGCUGAGACCACAGUGAACGUGCUAGCAGACGCUUCUCAAAGAGAGGACGUGUCCCAGGACUCGGCCCACGUGAAGGAGCUGCGGAGACAGAUGGAGGACAUCCAGGCUGAGAUUGAUGCCCACAAUGACAUCUACAAGAACGUGGAGGGGAACAAGACCAAGAUGGUCAAAGCUCUGGGCAGCUCUGAGGAAGCUGUGUUCCUGCAGCAGAGACUGGAUGACAUGAACCAGCGCUGGAGCGAUCUCAAGACCAAGUCUGCCAAUAUACGGGCUCACCUGGAGGCCAGUGCGGAGCGCUGGUCCCGGCUGCUGGGGAUCCUAGAGGAGCUCUGGAGGUGGAUCUGCUCCAAGGACGAAGAGCUGGCCAAACAAAUGCCCAUAGGAGGAGAUGUGCCCACUUUACUACAGCAGCAAAACCACUGCACGGCGCUGCAGACAGAACUAAAGGAGCGAGAGCCUCUGGUGAUUAGCACUUUGGACCAAGCCAGGACGUUCCUCGCGGACCAGCCCAUAGAGGGACCAGGGGAGCCUCGAAAGACUUCACAGCAAAAGAUAGACCUGACGCCAGAGGAGAAGGCCAGGGGACUAGCCAGAGCCAUCCGUAAACAGACGGGUGAUGUGAGGGAGCGCUGGGAGAGGCUCAAAGGCCACGUGGGUGGAUGGCACAGUCAGGUGGAGAGGGCCUUGGAGAGGCUACAGGAGCUCCAGAGCUCCAUGGACCAGCUGGACCUGCGGCUCACCCAGGCAGAGGAGGCCAAGGCCGGGUGGCAGCCAGUGGGAGACCUGCUCAUAGACUCCCUGCAGGACCACAUCGAAAAGACCACGGCGUUCAAUAAGGAGAUUGCACCGCUGCGCCAGGAUGUCAAAGUGGUGAAUGAGCUGUCCUCAGAGUUGACCCCUCUGGACAUCCAGCUUCCUUCUACUGCCUCCAGACAACUGGACCAGCUCAACAUGAGGUGGAAACUACUGCAGGUUGCGGUGGAGGACAGAUUAAAACUACUUCAAGAAGCCCACCGAGACUUUGGACCCUCAUCUCAACAUUUCCUCUCCACGUCUGUGCAGCUCCCGUGGCAACGUGCUGUUUCUCAGAAUAAGGUUCCAUAUUACAUCAACCACCAGGCGCAGACCACAUGCUGGGACCAUCCAAAGAUGACAGAGCUGUACCAGUCUCUAGCUGAUCUGAACAACGUGAGAUUCUCGGCAUACCGCACAGCCAUGAAGAUCCGCCGCCUCCAGAAGGCCCUGUGCUUGGACCUGUUGGACCUGCACGUAGCUCAGAACACCUUUGCGCAGCACAAACUGUUGAACAACAACCAGCUGAUGACCGUGCCAGAUGUGAUCAACUGUCUGACGUCCAUCUACGAUGGGCUGGAGCAAGAGCACAAGGACCUGGUCAAUGUGCCUCUGUGUGUGGACAUGUGCCUCAACUGGCUUCUCAAUGUUUAUGACACCGGACGCAGUGGGAAGAUCCGGGUCCUGUCUAUGAAGAUUGGCCUGCUGUCUCUCUCUAAAGGACACCUGGAAGAGAAAUACAAAUAUCUCUUCAGUCAGGUGGCAUCUCCCGGUGACACAUGUGACCAGAGGCAGCUGGGUCUGCUGCUGCAUGAGGCCAUUCAGAUCCCCCGACAGCUGGGAGAGGUGGCAGCGUUCGGAGGGUCCAACAUCGAGCCCAGUGUGCGCAGCUGCUUCCAACAUGUGACGUAUAAAGUGGAGUUGGAGCCCAGGCAGUUUGUGGACUGGAUGAGAUUGGAACCACAGUCUAUGGUGUGGCUGCCUGUACUGCACAGAGUCGCUGCAGCAGAGACAGCCAAGCACCAGGCCAAGUGUAACAUCUGCAAAGAGUGUCCCAUUGUGGGCUUCAGGUAUCGCAGUCUGAAGCAUUUCAACUAUGAUGUCUGCCAGAGCUGCUUCUUCUCCGGUCGAACAGCUAAAGGACAUAAGCUCAAUUACCCCAUGGUGGAGUACUGCACACCGACAACAUCAGGCGAGGACAUGCGUGAUUUCACUAAAGUGCUCAAAAACAAGUUCAGAUCCAAGAAGUACUUCGCCAAGCAUCCUCGACUGGGAUACCUGCCUGUGCAGACUGUGCUGGAGGGAGACAACCUGGAAACUCCCGUUACCCUGAUCAGCAUGUGUCCGGAGCAGUACGAGCUGUCCCAGUCACCCCAGCUCUCUCAUGAUGACACCCAUUCCAGGAUAGAGCAGUUCGCCAGCAGGUUAGCCCAGAUGGAGCGAUCAAACGGAUCUCUGCCCACUGAUAGCAGUUCUGCCACAGGAAGCAUGGACGACGAGCAUGCUCUUAUUCUUCAGUACUGUCAGACGCUGGGAGGAGGAGAUAGCUCUCCCUGCAGUCAGCCCCAGAGUCCUGCACAAAUCCUACUGGCCGUGGAGAGGGAGGAGCGCGGGGACCUGGAACGCAUUAUUGCACGUCUCGAGGAAGAACAAAGGACUCUGCAGAGGGAGUACGAGCAGUUGAAGGAGCAGCACGGUCAGAGGGGGGCACCCGAGGGCCCCUCCUCUCUCCCGGACGAAGCAGACCUGCUCGCUGAGGCCAAACUACUGCGUCAGCACAAGGGCCGUCUGGAGGCGCGCAUGCACAUCCUGGAGGAGCACAACAAACAGCUGGAGUCACAACUACAGCGGCUCAGACAGCUCCUGCACCAGCCGGAUGCAGACCUGAGGGUGAACGGGGUGUCAUCGUCCCCUAUAGCGCAAGGAGCACUUAACGACAACUCAGAUGAGCUGCUGGACUCCCCCAACAGCAGCUCUGACCUGGCAGAUGUAAUGGAGCAGAUUAACAACUCCUUCCCUGCAUGCACUCCCCCCAGUCUCUCUCCACGACCACAGGUGAUGUGAUUGUUAGAGGGCGCUGUUGUGUUUAGUGACUGUCCAGUCGGCUCAGACCAUUCUCAUCCCCAGUCCAGACUCUGAAUCCCAAAGACCUCCCAGGACCAGGACCGCACCCAACACUUUGUCUCGUACUAUGCAAUCUGUACCUUUCCUGGACAGUUCCACAUUUGGUAUUUGUGAUUUUGUUUUAGAAAUGCAGUACUCAGAUAUGGGGGUAUGUUUGUACAGUCCAAAAAAUAUCUUUGUUUUACCUGUUAUCUGUGCUUUGGGAUCGUGCUCCUUUUAUGUUCUGGGAAUCCACUGUUACAUUUUACGUGUUUUCCGUUGCUUUGUAUUACCCGGAGAUUCCAAUCAUUCAUCAAAACUAGAAGCUACAGUCUGCGUUCCUGUUUUUGGGAACGUUACCAUUCCGGAGAGAGGCUGUCAUCUGCUCUGUUUUGAAAAUAAAUCUCGUGGCAUGCUUGAUGUCAAAACUCCCCCUUUAACGCAUCGAUGAACCGCCAAAACUUUGUCAAUUUGUUUUGUAAAACGUUUCCCUUCUGUGCCUACACAAUCUCCAUACUACGUGGAAGAUGGGACGAUUCAACUGUGUACAAAAGAGUAAAAGUUUUGGAGAUUAUAGAUUUAAUUAAAGCUGAUCAAUCAUUAUUUAGUUUUUAAUAUAUGUUUGGAAAUCAGAGGAAAGCCAUGAUUGCCUUGCUACCUCAGACUACGUAGACACAGUUUUGUUUGUAGUGGUUUAUAGACUCCACGUGAAUAAUGGUUUUUAAGCUUAAGUAUCUGUACGCGGCAUCAAGGACAAGCUAAAGAUGUACCAAGUUGUAUUCCAAUGGGUCCUGCUGACGCUAGCCUCUUCUGUUUGAGUUGUUUUAACCACUGGCCUUGGUGCACCAGUCCCUCACUGCGUUGUGUCUUCGUGCUAAAUGCUACUAUCCUGUAAAACUUGUGAGACGGACCACAACACUACUUCUGAGUUUUGUAGUAAUAGACUGGAGUAACAUGAACUGAGCGUAACCAAGGCAGAACUGUGUCAUCUCCUGAGGUAUGUAAAAUAGUCUGACCACACUACAUGUAAUAUGGCGAUGUUGUUUUAUUCUGAAUAAAUUUUUAUAACAAUGAAA